AAUAAAUAGAUGAGAUGGGUUUUGUGUAGGUGAUAAUAAUGGGAAGAACACCUUGUUGUGAGAAACAAGGAGUGAAGAAAGGGCCAUGGGCUCCUGAAGAAGACAUUAUGCUUCUUUCUUAUGUUCAACAACAUGGCCCUGGUAACUGGAGAUCUCUUUCUACCAAAGCAGGAUUGAGCAGAUGCAGUAAGAGUUGCAGACUGAGAUGGACUAAUUAUCUAAGGCCAGGAAUUAAAAGAGGCAACUUUACCGAUCAAGAAGAUCACAUGAUAAUCCACCUUCAAGCAAUUCAUGGAAAUAAAUGGGCAUCCAUAGCUUCCUACCUUCCCGAUAGAACUGAUAACGACAUCAAGAAUUAUUGGAAUACCCAUCUCAAAAAGAAGCAGCAGAAGAAGAAGCUCUACAACCAAGUUAUAACAACACUACCCAAUAAUAUCAAUAAUAAUAAUAAUAAAGAAGAAGAGAAGUUGUCUUCAAUUAGCAUCCUCGAUGAUCAUGAUCAUGAUCAUGAUCCUUCUUCCAAUUAUUUCCUUAGCACCGGUAACAUAGCCAGAUUGCUGCAAGGAUGGGUCAAAGAUGAUCCACCGUCAAGAAAGAAGCUGGCGGAUAAUGAUGAUGAUCAACAAAUAAUUACAAGUUUUAAUUCAAUGUCCUCCUCAAGGGACAAUAAUAAUGAUGUUUUAAUUCAAGGUGAGACUUCGACCAAGGUUGAGAUGUCUGUUAAUAAUCUCUCAAUGCUUGAGAAUUGGUUGUUUAGUGAUCAAGCUCAUGUUAUUCAUGAUCCUCAUGUCUCACUUAUAAAUAAAACCUAAUUAUUUUGUUUUACU